GCUAUGUACUCUACAUAUAUGAUUUGAGAUCAAUGAGAACAACUCAAGCUUUGAGCCCUAGGAAUAUAUUUUAUACUCUAUCACUCCCUCUCACAUAAAAGGUCAUUUCUAGCUCCAAUACCAUGUCAGAGGACCAACUAAACCAAAAGAUUAAGUUGAUGGUUGAGGUCUAAGAAUAUGUUUUAUACUCCAUCAAUCUUGACUAAUUUAUUUAAUUAAUUGAUCAAAUCAACUUUUUUUUUUUAUUUUAUUUUAUUGCAAUUAACUUAGUCGAACUAUCUAGCUGUAUUUGUUCACUACUGAUCAUUUUCAAGAAUUUCUCUUAUGCGUUAUAUAUGGAAAUAUGGAGGACGGCCUGACCAAUACCAGAUCUUUGUAAAGAUCGUUCAAAGUUUGAAUUACAGAAAAUUUCAUCAAAUUAUUAAGAUGUUCUAUCUUGUAAAUAACAUUGUUUAUGCAAGAUCAUUCGAUGAAUAAUGGUGGUUAAUUUCCUAUUAUUACAUAAUACCUUCAUUUUGGGAAAAUCCCUGUUUCUCAUGGUGAGAAACGAAAUUUGUUUCUCAUGAGGGCAUUUCCGUUAAUAAAUCAACAACUUUUUCAUUAUUGUGGGCCUCACAGUUGAAUAAAGUUGUUGAUUUAUUUACGAAAAUGCCAUGUGAGAAACCAGAUUUGUUUCUCACCAUGAGAAAUUGGGACACCCUCUUCAUUUUUCCGUCUCCAUUGAACAUUAAUCUCACAACGAAAAUCCACGUAAGCCAUGACAAAUUGACAGUACUUCAUAUCACAUUGAAAAAAAAAAAAAAAAAAAAAAACCCUUCAAUUGAAAACUUCCACCAAAUUUCACGUACUAGAUCUAUUUAUAGAGCAUAAAGUUUCAUAGUUGAAGGCAACACUACUUAAACCAACAGAAAAAAAAAAUCAGAAACAAAACACUAUCCAUCUUAUUGUUAAUCCAAUAACCUACCAUUUUAUAUACUUCAAACAUGGAGAUUCUCAAAUUUGUCCCAUACAUUUUUCUCUUUGUUUCUCUAUCGUCUGCUAAUAGUGUUGUUGAUUUUUGUGUUGCAGACUUUAAUUUUCCAGAUACGUCAGCCGGUUUCUCUUGUAGGAAUCCGGCAAAUUUAACAGUAGAUGACUUUGUUUUCUCUGGUUUGGGUGUUGCGGCUGACCCAUUAACAAAUAUAUUUCGUGUAUCUGUGACUUCAGCAUUUGAUCUGACUUUCCCCGCUCACAUAGGGUUAGGCCUUUCCAUGUCGCGGUUAGACAUUGGUGUGGGUGGAGUUGUCCCGAUCCACUCACAUAGGGUAUCAGAACUUAUCCUUGUGAUUGAAGGAGAAAUACUUGCGGGUUUUAUAGAUUCAAACGAUCAAGCAUAUUAUAAAACAUUAACCAAGGGAGACAUUACGAUCUUUCCUCAAUCAUUACUUCACUUCCAAAUUAAUGUCGGUAAAACUCCCGCUCUUGCCUUUGUUAGCCUGAACAGUGCAAGCCCUAAUUUUCAAACUACUACCACUUCUCUAUUUGCCAAUGACUUACCUACAGACGUGAUUGAGAAGAUUACUUUACUUGAUGUUGUACAAGCGAAGAAGUUGAAGAGGAUCUUUGGUGGCAGUAAUUGAUACGUAGUAUAUAAAUAUGUGAAUGUUAUCUAUUAAUGUGUUGUGUACUUAAAUUUGUUCUCGUGUAAGUUAUACAUAUUGUAAAACUUGUAAAAUGUACAAGGAAUUAUAUGUAAGAAUGUAAGAUUAUGUAUGUAAUCUAGAAAAAGAUGUUCCGGCCGCAAGUAUUCAUUGUUGUAUUAUUUGGUGUCGGUUUUAUGAUUCCAUGUUUAGCAAUCAAUGAACUAUAAUUUGUUAAUUUUUUUUUUUUUUUUUUUUAAAAAAGAUAGUAUCCUUAAGACUGCAUAUAAAAAUUUAAUAUAUUUAUUUAUUUUUAGUGAAAAAUUGAAAUCGGUGUAAUAAAUAUUUAAUUAUUGUCUAUUCUUUCCUCUUUUAACUUCUUACAUACAACUUUUAGGGCAAGGACUAUAUACAUCUUUACCUUUUUUUAUUUUUAUUUAUUUAUUUUUAUUUUAAUCAGCUGAGACUUUGGCAUGGUAUACGUAGUAAAUUUUUUUUCUUUGUUUCUCCUUGCUUGGAAUAGUAUGAAGAAAUUAGCUUAGAGAUGAUAUUGAUUUUUUUACAAUGGUUUAUGUCUAGAAUGAUUAGAGUGCGACUAGACGGUUAGAUCAAGAAUACAAGGUUGUUGUCUAGUUGGCAAAAACAUUAAGUUAUGAGUUAAAUGCAUUUUUGAGCCGCACCCAUUUAAAAAAAAAAAUGGGUUAGAUCAAGAAUACAAGGUUGUUUUCAUUAAGUUAUGUGUCUUUCUUAGUGUUGCGA